GUCUGCAUUGGACAAAAUAAAAUAUGGAAUUCAAACUGAUUUGUACUUUUUUAUUGAUUUGGAUUAAUGAUGGCAUUAUAGGAUGUCCCGAGAUAAAGACAUACAUUAAUUCAAAGCAGCCUGGUGGUGUUGCCUUCAAACAAUCUGCAUUCACCCAACUGAAAUGCCAACAACUCUGUUUGGAUUACGGCCCUUGUCAGGCCGCUGAUUUCCACAAACAAACUAAAGAAUGUCUCCUCCAUAUAGGAACAACUGCAACCAGCCAAGAAAGCAAUACUUGCUGCACACAUUAUAAGAAAAUACCAUGUAAAACAACUACGCCCCUUGUAACCCCAGACUGGAGCGCCAUUGGGUCCCAACAUAGAAUGAGAACUCAUAGUAUGCUUGAUACUAUAUCAAGAAUAAAUGCUGAUAUUUCAGACGUUCAAUUCAUGAAUCAAAGUUCUACAGAACCUGCUGUGUCUGACACUACAGUACAAUAUAAUUUGACUCCUAUGAGAACGACUGUUUCGAAAAGUCAAAGUGUUUUUGAAGAGGAGGUCACAACUGAGGCCAUGACCAUGCAAUCGUCCCCGGCUACACCAUUUCACACUACACAUCCAGAUAGGAGAACAACGCCGUUAUCACCCAUGGAUAAGGAUGAAGUAAAAAUUACAGCAGAUAGUGAUAAAAUUCAAGAUAGUGAAAAAGUUCGGUUGAAGUUUGAAGAAUCUGAUGAAGAUGUAAUGCUAUCAAGUGAAGAUGAUAAUGAUGAAUUAGAUGGAUUUCAAAAUGGGCCUGAAGUUACUGAUGUGAGCAAAGAAGGAACAAUGGGGGAAAACUUAGAGGAAAGUCAAGGUAAUACUACAAAUGACGGACUGGACAAUGAGGAAGAUCUAAAAGACGAGUCAGAUGAAGAAACAUUAUCAGAAGAAGAUGUCGAAGGAGAGAAUACUAAUUCAAAUACAAGUGCUGGUGAGAAUGAGGAUGACUUUACAUUUGAUAAAGAUAUAGAUGCAGAUGACGCUGGUAAUGUUGAAAAGGAGACUGGCUUAAAGAUCACUACAGAUUUAGGUACCAGUACGUUUAAAAGUGAAGAUGACAUGUCAUUUGAUACAGCUAUAGAUGUGGACAACACCGGUGAUAUGUCCAAAGAAGCUAACACGGAUGACAUCAAAAUACCAAAAGAGAACGAUGUAGCUAUACCAAACAUGGUACACUGCUAUACAAUGAUUCAAAAUGCUUCACAGCAGGGUGGUGAUAUAUAUGAAGGACACAAUGAGGAUGACUGUCUUGAGUUGUGCACAGAUUCAGUAAACUGUGUCGCAGUUGAUUUUAAUAGACAUUUUAAUUCAUGUUGGAUUCAUUCUUACACUAAUGAAACUUCCCACGAAAAAGACGAACCUUGUUGCAAUCAUUUUAAGAAAGACAGCUGUGGCGACGAUUCAUGGUAUAACCUUAAUGAUACAGAGAGUUACAAAAUUGACUACAUAUCGAAUAACAACACUGCAGAUCCUGAAAUGCACAUUGAAGUUGGAUGUCUCCGUAUCUACCUAAACUCCAGUAAGAUGGGUGGCGUCACUUAUUCUGAUCAGACGGCAGAGUCUUGUCAGGAGUUGUGCUUCAAGGGGGGUAACUGUGCCUCUGUAGACUAUGAUCACGUGCACAAGUCAUGCUGGAUGCAUCUAGAGGGAGAAGAAAAGAAAUUACAGCGCAAUCAAUCGUGUUGUACUCAUUAUGAAAAGGAUGUGUGCAACGUUGAUUUUCUUCUGAAGAAUACCACAGAUAACUGUAGCGACAGUCUGACAUUGUUCAAGCUUACACACGGUGUCAACCAACUUGGAGGUCGACUUGAAAAGGGUACAUACACAGAAGAGACGUGCAGGGAUUUAUGUUUUGAAGAUGAGGAAUGUAAGGGUGUAGACUACAGUAACUGGGAUAGCACAUGUUGGACACAUAACCACAUGAAUCCAGAGAUGCUAAAGAAGAGCCCGUGUUGUGAACACUAUGAGAAGAUGAAGGUUUGCCAAGGCGAAUGUUACUUUAAAACGAAAUCCCAUAAGAAGAUUGGAGGUGACGUCUACAGAGUCCUCGAUGAAGCAGGCUGUAAGUCGUUGUGCUCAGGCAACCAAAACUGCACUGGAUAUACGUUUGAGAAGGCAGGCGCCUUAUGUACAAUUCAUGACUCAUCAGGGCAAGCGGACCAACUCGUACACGACGAUUGCUGUGACUUUUUCAAUCGGACUCAAUGUUUUCCUUACGCCCAUGGUGAUAUAUUGACGGACCCAACCGUUCCCCCAACUGGGAGUACAACUACAGAAAUCGUAAUGCCAGUCUUUCCGGAUUUCUCAAUUCCACCUCCAAACCCCGAUGCGGAGGAAACACCCGAUGAAAAUAAAGGUGGGUUUAAACUGUCAACGACAUCCAUCAUCGUGAUAGCCGUAUGUGCGGGCGUCCUGGUCCUCACCUUCGUCAUUCUUAUCGUCAUCGCUUGCGUCAAGAGGAGCAAAAGACGGGAAAGGAGCGGCCUCGUCAUUUCCAAAUCUAGUCCGCGAAACCCAAAUGUCUGGAUGAGGGAUUAUUCAAACAACGGUUUCCGUAACCCUGUAUACUCUGUCAAUGAGGGUGAGGUUGUUCUAGAACCCCUACCAAAGACACCACAUCGUCUACCAAGAGCACACACUUCUAGCCGUCCACAUAGCAGAACUAGCAUACCACGUGGGUAUCAUACAGAUAUAGAUCACAACCAACGCAGAGCAUACAGUCCUGGACCCCACUCAGUUAGGAGUAACACCCGUCUUAUUCCUGACGACGGUAGUAGUUUCCCUGAUGGCCAUUCCUCAAUAGCGCCAUCUCUGCAUAAUUACGGGACAAUGCAAAGUCACAUUACAUAUGAUGAUGGAUACCAUCAAUGGACAGAACCAACUUCUGUACACCUUCCCCGUACCCAAAGUGCGCCAUCUAUAAAUGAAGGAGUUGUGUAUGGUCCCAACGAAGAGGAGGUCGUUUUUGACAGAAGGGGAGUAGUAUAUGAUAGACGACCACAACACGAACAUAGACAUUACAAUGGUGUUUAUCCUUAUUAGUUAAGAUAACAUUUGAAUGUAUUAUUAGAUGUAUUAUA